AUGACCACGUCAAGCCUCAAAGCCCUCCUCGCCCGCAUCCUCGUAUCGGCCAGCUUCUUCAUGGUGGUUGCAGCAGACCACUUCACGUGCAGCUGGACAGGGCCCAGCACGAAGGACCCCGAUCAGCACGGCUAUAGCAAAUUCUGCGAAGCCGGCUACUCGGCCUCGAAUGUAGGGCGCGGCAGGUAUCUCUUCGGCGAUAGCAUCGACACCAAGGUAGCUGAUUGGGGCUUCCUUCACCCUGAGACGAUCGAAUUCGGCACACCGUGUAAUGGGGGAGGCUAUGGAGGUGACAGCUGUCUGCACGGCAAGUACUGGGGAGUCUGCAUCGAGGAAAAUGAUUAUACGCGCGACUGUCGCUAUCUGUCAAAAUGGGACGACUGUGAGUGGCCCACCAAGUUCAACAACGACACGCGACCUUCGUCUGUAUCAAUUUGGUACCAGAAAUGA